AUGGCCCCCUCCAUAGGUCGGUCGAGUAGAAUCGGUGGAUCAGUCGCAGUGUCCCCAACGCCUGCGGUAUCCCCAGUAUGUCGCCGGCAGUGGGGGCUCGCGGCGCGGCUGGACGCGCUGCACGUGGCGCACGCCGCCGCGCGCCGCCGCCUCGACGCCACGCGCGCCACGCUGCACCAACACAACAAGAAAGGUAACUAUAUACCUGCCUCACUCUACACGACGCUCUCACAUACCCCGACUCACGCGUACCUUGUAUCCACAGGCAAAAAACAAAAGCUGAACCCGGCGCAGCAAGCUAAAGUACAACUAGUAGCUGAACAGCUCGGAGAACUUACCGUACUCAUGAACACUACUUCCAAGGAAAUGCAAGCAGCUGAAAAGCAAGUUGUAGACUUCACGCGACGGUUGCAAAAUUGCGAACGACAGAUAGCAGAGUCGAGGGCCGUGCAAGGCAAACCUGACAGGCCCACACAUACUCAGCUGGAGCAAGCAGCGCUACAGAACAAACAGCAACAGCUGCAACAACAGCAACAGCUGCAACAACAACAACAACAACACUUGCAGCAACAGCUACAGCAACAACAGGCCGCUACUGCUACGUUCAUUAGCGAGGCGGGCGGUGGCAUGGUAUGCGUACGUCGGGCGCCGCCAGAUGGAGCCACUGCGCUACCCAAGCAUACAGUGGCCACAGUCCCCGAGGAACCGUCCGGACGCAAGCAAACCUGGGAGCAAGCACUAGCGCACAUUAACCAACUAGCCAAGCCAAUUACUGCUGGCCAAACAACAGGUACGUGGGGUAGGCAGGGACCUAGCUCUGUGGUACUGCCCACUGAAUUACUGCUGGCCAAACAACAGGCGGAAGAAGAAGAAAAGAAGAAACAACAACAGCAAGAGGCGAAAACGAAAAAGACAACAGAAGUGAAAAAAGCCGACCCACCGAAACCCGAACCCGCCAAGACUAAAGCAGAGAAGAAAGUGGAGACCAAGAAGGAGAAGAAGGAAGAAAAGAAGAAGGAGAAAGCUGAGAAGAACGAGAAGAAAGGAAAGGAAAAUAAACAGGAGAAGACGCCCCAACCGCAACCGAAGACGAAACAACCCGUCCAACAACAACAGCAACAGCAACAACAAGCGACAACAAAGAAGGAGAACAAGAAGCAACAACAGCAACAGAUGCAACAGUUGCAGCAACAGAAGUCGCAAGCCAUUAAUAUUACUCCAGAUACCACAAUUGAAGUUGUUAGCAAGAAGAACCAGUGCAGCAAUGAGUUGGAGAAGCCAGCCUCAUGCAGCAUCAUGGAACAGCUCAGCUGUGGAGUACAGGUAGCGGAUCUGAAGCUGCCCCCAGGUAUAACCCUGACGACGGUACAGCCCUCGGACAAGAAGGAACCACCGCCUAUCAAGUCUGUCCCGCUUUGGAAGGCCGGCCAGCUCCCCGCCGCGCCGACCCCCGUGGCCAGGCCGGCGCCCAUCAUCAACGCUGACCCAGCCAACGUCAUGUUCAGCACUGCGCAUCCCGAACCGCCGAAACCGGUGAUAAUAGCCGAGCCGCCCCCCGUGCCUGGCAAAUCGAAGAAGGCCAAGAAAAAGGCGAAAAAGGCCGCCGCGGCCGCCGAAGAAAAACAAGACGGGUCCAAGAUCGUCACCCUGAGGAACCCCAUGUUCCAUCCUAACCUCCCACCGGUCCAGAUAAGCAAUCAGCCGGCGAAGAAACAGGAACAGAUUCGAGUGCCCGACCCGAUACCGAUGCCGCCGAACGCUUGCCAAGCGACUAUCACCCCUACGUCAAACGGAAUGUUCACUAUAAGAAAUCCUCUAAUGACGAUGAUGCACCAACAAAGUAUGAUGGGCGUCAGAGCUCAAAGUCCUCAACUCAACCCCAUGUACCCCCAGCAAUAUAACUAUGUGAACCCGAACAGUUACAGCCAAUGCGCCGACCCACCCAAAUCCGACGAUUUCCAAACACGAAUCAUGAAUUUGGCGUCGUUCACGCAAAAGAACGAUGAAGGAUACUCUUUAUUUAAAACCCCCGACGAUCAGCAACAAAGGAACUUCCUCACACCGGAAUACUUGGAAAACCAAAGCCCCAAGUCUGUCGUUUCCCCGAAUCCUAUAGGAACUAGACCGGACACGAGCCGAGGCUUCGAAUCGGAUAUAUCUCUAUUCGCCAACCCGAUACAACGGCCUGAGCCUAUAGGGACGCCUAUGAAGCAAGAAGACCAACAGUAUACCGGUCUAUACACUCCGUUCGGUCAGGAAGACCGGAACGUGUUCAGGAACGCGCUUUUCAGUGAUAAAAGCGAUGAUAAAGGGUUAAAGCACGUCGCGAAUGGAGACUCGUUGCCAUAUUUCCAAAGGCUUAGAGUCGGAGCGAAGCUGAACAAUGAAGUUUCUAUCCACCGCGUUACUGACUCCAAGUUCUACAAGGGGCAGAGGGGUGGGUGUAAUAGCGUGUGUCGUGUCCAGGAGCCCGGCCACCCUCUAGAGUGCGGAGUGUGUGAGGAGUCCCUCUUCAGCAGACCGGCCCACGCCUGGCCCGACCAGCUGUACUCCGCUGCUAUUAAACCAGGAGCGCAAUCAGCCCGCAGCUCCCCCACGGGGUCGUCCGUCCAGUCUACCAGCAGUGGGGGCGGUGGGGUCAGCCAGUUGCCCCCCGGCGCGGGCCCCGCCACCCCGCCUGCCGAUGACCGAAGGUUCGGUCCCAUCGGAGCUCGGCAUGCGCACCCAGAAUCGAGCGUAUUCCUCCCCGACUCCAGCAUAACGAAUCUAUCGGUACUUGAAGUUUCCGAACGGGAAAUCGAAUCCUUCAAACGGUUCGACUUUUACUUCGAGCCGCCACAGCACAAGCCGAAAGUACAACUAGACGUCAGAGAUAUCGCCGCGGCCUUAAGGCAAAACCACAAGUAA